AUGCCAACCUCCAUCUUCAACCCAAUCUCGAGGGUCUCAAGGGUGGCCGUCCUACUCGAGAAGCGUGUCGAUAGAAAUACGAAACUCGUCGAUAUCCCUCCCGAGAGGUUUAAGUAUUUCCGCGUUUUGGGAGAACUCGUUGUUGUGAAUUCGCAAUGUUUGCGAUCAAGGGAGAUACGCCGAGCAGGGAGCCAAAGAUCUGGCGGUACUGUCAUGAUCCAAGGACCGCCGCUGCCAGACACGACCAAAACUCGUGGACGAAUCGUUUCUCUCCGUGUCUUCAAGUGGGAUGCCAGAAUCCGAUCUGCAUCACGCUCCCAGCGUGGCAAACAGCUCAGGGUACCGUUCAAGUACCUGUUCAUGAAUACGAAGAGGCAUUCCCACUCAGGAACUCCUUCAGGCCGGAGCCACAAGGGCCUUGAAAUCGUCGUUGUAGAUGCACUCUGCUUUCCGGAGGACCGAACCAAGGGCAUUGAUCUCACCGAUGGCCUCGAGACUUGCAGGUUUCUCGAGGUGUCUAUGCCUGCCCACAUUGGCAUCUCUGUCCGCCAUGACAAUCGUGCUUCGUCUGUUCUUUUGGGGCCCCAAAACAACGGCUCUGAAGGCAUCCGUGUCAAGUCCAAGACAACUUGA